AUGUCGACGACUCCUCCUCUCUCCCAGGCCACGGGCUAUGGCGUUGUCAUUGGCCUGGGGUUCCUGUUCGCGUUCGGAAUGAUGCUCACUACAUUCGUGCUCAAACGCUACAACAACGAACUGCAGACAUCCGAAGUCUUUAGCACCGCUGGCCGUACUGUCAAGUCUGGCUUGGUAUCCUCUGCAGUCGUGUCUUCGUGGACAUGGGCGGCAACAUUGCUCCAAUCUUCUGGCGUUGCGUACAACUAUGGUGUCUCGGGCCCCUUCUGGUAUGCAAGUGGUGCUACAGUGCAGAUCAUCUUGUUCGCAACACUGGCGAUUGAGUUGAAGAGGAAGGCGCCAAACGCGCAUACUUUCCUCGAAGUUAUCAAAGCUAGAUAUGGAUCUGUCACCCACGGCGUGUACAUCGUCUUUGGACUGAUGACAAACAUUCUUGUCACGGCUAUGCUUUUGACUGGAGGUUCUGCUGUCGUCACAUCUCUCACUGGCGUACCAACAGCAGCAGCAUGUUUCCUCCUGCCCAUCGGUGUCGUACUCUAUACUGUCGCGGGUGGGAUAAAAGCGACUUUCUUGACAGAUUAUGUCCAUACUGUCGUUAUUCUGGUCAUCAUCCUCAUCUUCGCUUUCACUGCCUACGCCACAAACGCAAUAUUGGGGUCCCCUGGAGCUGUCUAUGAUGCCUUGGUCGCAGCCUCCGAACGCCACCCCGUGGAAGGCAAUGCUGGAGGCAGCUAUUUGACGAUGAGAUCGAAGGAGGGCGGCAUCUUCUUCGUGAUCAACAUCGUGGGCAACUUCGGCACGGUCUUCAUGGACAACGGCUAUUACAACAAGGCUAUUGCUGCUUCGCCUGUUCAUGCUCUGCCUGGAUAUAUCGCUGGAGGUCUCUCCUGGUUUGCUAUCCCAUGGCUCGCAGCCACCACCAUGGGUCUUUCUGCUCUUGCUCUGGAGAACAAUCCAGUAUCCCCUACGUACCCCAACCGUAUGGAUCCAGCCGAUGUCUCAGCUGGCCUGGUUCUGCCAGACGCAGCAGUCGCUCUUCUUGGAUCUGGAGGAGCCGCGGCCACGCUCUUGUUGAUCUUUAUGGCUGUGACUUCUGCCAUGUCCGCCGAACUUAUCGCCGUAUCCUCCAUCUGGACCUACGACAUCUACAAGACCUAUAUCAAUCCCUCCGCCAGCGGCCGACGACUAAUCUACAUGUCCCACACCAGCUGCGUCGUCUACGCGAUUUGCCUUGCAGCCUUCUCCACUGGCCUCCACUACGCCGGCAUCUCGAUGGGUUACUUGUACCUGCUUAUGGGUGUCAUCAUUAGCGGCGCUGUGCUACCAGCGUCCUUAACCCUCCUUUGGGACCGCCAGUCCUGGGCUGCUGCCACGUUCUCGCCUCCCAUGGCUUUGGUGUGCUCGAUCGUAGGCUGGCUCGUCCAAACCCAAGCCCAAUACGGCAUCUUCAACGUCGAAACAACCGGCUCAAACUACCCAAUGCUAGUCGGCAACGUCGUCUCGCUCCUCGCUCCGGCCGUCUUCAUCCCCAUCCUCUCCCUCGUCUUCAAAUCCCCCAAAUACGACUGGCUCUCCAUGGCGGCGAUCCGGAAAGGCGAUGACUCGGACGUCGCAGCCGCGGCACACGUCGACAUCGAAGUCGUCCCCGGCGAAGCCCACCACACGGAUGCAGAAGAAGCCGCCGAACAAGCCAAACUCUCGCGCUCUGCCAAAAUCGCCCGCUACCUCACACUGUUCCUAGCCAUCUCCUUCCUCGUCCUCUGGCCUAUGCCCAUGUACGGCUCCUCGUACAUUUUCUCCAAGAAGUUCUUCACGGGAUGGGUCGUCGUCGGCAUCCUCUGGUUGUUCUGCUCGAGCUUCUGCGUCGGGUUGUACCCACUAUGGGAGGGCCGCAGGACCAGUCUCAGGACGAUCAAGUCGAUUUGGCUGGACAUCACUGGCAAGGGGCGGCCGCUCACGCAUGGUCAGGCGUCUAUGGCGGAGGUUUCGGACGAGGAUGCGAAGCACGAGAAGAAGACGGCGACGCCGCCGGAGGUGGAGGUCGGGAAAGAGUGA